AUGGCAUACACGACAUCAUAUGACGGUUCAAACUCUGGAUUCCAAAUUGGACAGAACCUUGGUCAUAUCACUAAUCAGUUCCUACAAUCGGAAGCAUUGAAUCAAGCGUGUCUGCGGGAUCUGCGGACGACUAGUCCUCACCAUGACAAAGACCGUAUUCAGAACACCAACGGAGGACUGCUUAAGCAUUCAUACUGCUGGAUUCUAGACAACGAGGAGUUUCAACAAUGGCGAGACAACCGGAACAACUGCCUCCUCUGGAUCAGAGGUGAUCCGGGCAAAGGAAAGACAAUGCUGCUGUGCGCUACCGACGUACGGAUCAAUAAUGCCACAGCUGUUCUCCGUGGCUUGAUAUACUCGCUUGUAGAGAAGCAGGCGUCUCUUCUCUCCCAUGUGAAAGGUCAGUAUGACCACGCGGGAAAAGCAUUGUUCGAGGAUAUAAACGCAUGGAAUGCUCUCUCGAAGAUUUUCACGGAAAUUAUAAAAGACCCGGUCCUCCAAAGCACCUAUUUGAUUAUCGAUGCGCUGGAUGAAUGCACGUCGGGCCUACCUUCCCUUCUCGGCUUGAUUUCUCAGAUAUCAUCUGCUUACCCACAGGUAAAGUGGAUUGUCUCAAGCCGCAACUGGCCGGAUAUCGAAGAGCGUCUUGAUACUACCCAGACUGCUCCGAUCUCAUUGGAGCUAAAUGAGGAGUCUGUGUCUGAAGCUGUGAACAGAUUUAUUCAACACAAGGUUCACUACCUAGCGAAAGCUAAGAAGUAUAGCGAUGGAACUCGUGAUACGAUCUACCGUUACUUGUCAUCUAAUUCACAAGGCACUUUCCUUUGGGUAGCGUUAGUCUGUCAAGAACUUGAUAGAACACCCCGGAGGCACGCUCUUAAGAAGCUGGAGAUGUUUCCCUCUGGACUGGAUGCGUUGUACAGUCGGAUGUUCGAUCAGGUUCGCAACUCGGAAGAUGCCGAGGCCUGCAAACAAAUACUGGCUGUCAUGUCUAUAGUGUAUCGGCCUAUCGCGUUUGGCGAGCUAGCCUCUCUUGUUGACCUAUCUGAUGACCUCUCUGACGACUCUGAAGUCCUAUCAGAGGUUAUCGCGGCUUGUGGCUCGUUUCUGACUGUGCGCGAAGACACUAUCAUUUUCGUCCAUCAGUCUGCAAAAGAAUUUCUGCUUAAAGAGACGCCAAACGGGGUUUCUUCUGGAGAUAUAGAAGCUGAACACCGCAGACUUUUCUCUCGCUGUCUACAAGCCAUGUUCAAGACACUUCGGCACGACAUCUUUCAGCUUAAGAACCCUGGAUUUUCGAUCGAAAAAGUCGUACCACCUAAUCCAAAUCCAUUAGCAGCUGCACAAUAUGCAUGUGUCUAUUGGGUUGACCAUCUGCACCAUAGCGGAUGCCAGUCAAAAUACGAUGACGGCGUUGAUGACAGAGGGCGUGUGGAUGGCUUUCUGCAAAAGAAAUACCUUCACUGGCUUGAAGCACUGAGCAUUCUAGGAAGCCUAUCACAAGGCAUAGCAGCUAUGCUAAAGCUAGAAAGCUUACUUCAAGAAAAAGGAGAACCACCAGCCCUUUUAAAUCGAGUUCUUGACGCCUCACGAUUUAUUCGAUAUCACAGGCUAGCAAUUGAACGUAGUCCUCUUCAAGUAUACAGUUCGACCCUGAUAUUUAGCCCUAUGUUAAGUCUGACCAGAAUAUGCUAUCAAGAGGAGAGACCGGAUUGGGUAUUGAACGAGCCAUCGGUGGACAAAGAUUGGAGUUCAUGUCUUCAUACCCUGGAGGGACAUAGCGGUCCGGUCAUCUUGACUGCCUGGUCGCAAGAUGGCAACCGACUCGCGUCAGGGUCUUAUGAUAACACGGUCAGGCUCUGGGAUCCGGCCACUGGCCAGUGCGUGUCAAUCCUCGAGGGACAUAGCGGUACGGUUGACUCGGUUGCUUGGUCUCAGGAUGGGAGCCGACUCGCAUCAGGGUCUUAUGAUAACACAGUCAGGAUCUGGGAAUCGGCUACUGGCCAGUGCGUGUCAAUCCUCGAGGGACAUAGCGGUACGGUUAACUCGGUUGCUUGGUCGCAAGAUGGAAGCCGACUUGCAUCAGGGUCUUAUGACAACACGGUUAGGAUCUGGGAUCCAGCCACUAGCCAAUGCGCGUUAACCCUCGAGGGGCACAGCAAUUGGGUUCCCUCGAUUGCCUGGUCGCAAGAUGGAAGCCGACUCGCGUCAGGGUCUUAUGACAACACGGUUAGGAUCUGGGAUCCGGUCACUGGCCAGUGCAUAUCAACGCUCGAGGGGCAUAGCGAUUGGGUCCCCUCGAUUGCCUGGUCGCAAGAUGGAAGCCGAGUCGCAUCUGCGUCACGUGAUAACACUGUCAGGAUCUGGGAUGCAGCCCUUGGCCAGUGUAUAUUAGCUCUCAAGGGACAUAGCGGUCCAGUCGUCUCGAUUGCCUGGUCGCAAGAUGGAAGCCGGCUCGCCUCAACAUCAUUUGAUAAGACUGUUAAGAUCUGGGAUCCGGAUACUUGCCAUUGCGCGUUAACCCUCAAGGGGCAUAGCGAUACCGUUGUCUCGGUUGUCUGGUCUCAGGAUGGAAGCCGACUCGCAUCAGCAUCAGCUAACACUGUCAGGAUCUGGGAUCCAGCUACUGGCCAGUGCACGUCAACCCUCGAGGGGCAUAACGAUUUUGUCAUGUCGAUUGCUUGGUCGCAAGAUGAAAGCCGACUCGCAUCAGCUUCAUUUGAUAGGACUAUUAGGAUCUGGGAUACGGACACUGGCCAUUACGCGACCAAUCUCGAGGGACAGUCGGUUGUCUCGAUUACCUGGUCGCAAGAUGGAAGUCGACUGGCGUCGGCGUCACGUGACCAUUCGGUUAGGAUCUGGGAUCCGGCCACUGGUAAAUGCGCGUUGAUCCUUGAGGGGCAUAGCGGUCCGGUCAAAUCAAUUGCCUGGUCGCAAGAUGGAAAUCGACUCGCGUCGGCAUCACGUGAUAACACGGUCAGGAUCUGGGAUCCGACUACUGGCCAACCCGUGUCAACCCUGGACCGGCGUAGCGGUUGGGUCCCUUCGAUUGCCUGGUCGCAUGAUGGCAACCGACUCGCAUCAGUAUCCUCCGAUUAUACCGUUAGGAUCCGGGAUACGGCCACUGGCCAGUUCACGAUAUUCCUCAAUGGGCAUAGUGGUCCAGUCAUCUCGAUUGCCUGGUCGCAAGAUGGAAGCCGACUCGCAUCAACGUCAUUUGAUAAGACCGUUAGGAUCUGGGAUCCGGAUACUUGCCAUUGCGUGUCAACCCUCGAGGGGCAUAGCAAUACCGUUGUCUCGGUUGCUUGGUCUCGAGAUGGCAACCAACUCGCGUCGGCGUCACGUGAUCAUACGGUUAGGAUCUGGGAUCCAGCCACUGGUAAAUGCGCGUUGACCCUCGAAGGGCAUGGCGGACCCGUCGAAGCGAUUGCCUGGUCGCAAAUUGGCUACCUUCUAGCCUCGGCGUCCACUGAUAAUACGGUCAGGAUCUGGGACUCGGUCACUGGUCAAUGCUCGUUGAUCCUCGAGGGGCAUGGUGGUCCUGUCGAAGCGAUUGCCUGGUCGCAAGAUGGAAGCCAACUCGCGUCAGGGUCUUUUGAUAGCACGGUUAGGAUCUGGGAUCCGGCUACUGGCCAGUGCGUAUCAACGCUCGAAGGGCAUCGCGAUUGCAUCCCCUCGGUUGCUUGGUCGCAAGAUGGAAGCCGACUCGCGUCAGGGUCUUAUGAUAACACGGUUAGGAUCUGGGAUCCGGCUACUGGCCAGUGUGUGUCAACACUCGAAGGGCAUCGCGAUUGUAUCUCCUCGGUUGCUUGGUCGCAAGAUGGAAGCCGACUCGCGUCAGGGUCUUAUGAUAACAUGGUUAGGAUCUGGGAUCCGGCUACUGGCCAGUGCGUGUCAACGCUCGAAGGGCAUAACAAUUGGGUCCCCUCGAUUGCUUGGUCGCAAGAUGGAAGCCGACUGGCAUCAGGGUCAUAUGACAACACAAUUAGGAUUUGGGAUCUGGCCACUGGCCAAUGUGCGUCAAUCCUAGACGGGCUUAGCAAUUGGGCCCCCUCGAUUACCUGGUCGCAAGAUGGAAGACAACUCGCAUCAGGGUCUUAUGACAACACGGUUAGGGUCUGGGAUCCAGCCACUGGCCAGUGCGCGCUAACCCUCGAGGGGCAUAGCAAUUGGGUCUCCUCGAUUGCCUGGUCGCAAGAUGGAAGCCGACUCGCGUCAGGGUCUUUUGAUAGCACGGUUAGGAUCUGGGAUCCGGCCACUGGCCAGUGCGUAUCAAUCCUCGAGGGGCAUGGCGAGGAGGUUGUUCCGGUUGCCUGGUCUCAGGAUGGCAACCGAGUUGCGUCGGCGUCACGUGACAACACAGUUAGGGUCUGGGAUCCAGCCACUGGCCAGUGCGUGUUAAUCCUCGAGGGACAUAGCGGUACGGUUGACUCGGUUGCUUGGUCUCAGGAUGGGAGCCGACUCGCAUCAGGGUCUUAUGAUAAUACAGUCAGGAUCUGGGAUUCGGCCACCGGCCACUGCCUAUCAACAAUCCUUGUCAACUCCCCCGAUUUCGUUCAAUUUGAUAAAGUCAUGUUCAAUCAUCUACACACUUCAACUGGUACAUUUGAUAUAGGAUGCAGUGCUGCCGCUACGCUCGCCCCGAAGUUUUCGACUUCAGAACAAUAUGGGUAUGGCUUGAAUGAUGACUAUUCCUGGAUAACUUAUAAUGGAGUCAACCUCCUUUGGUUACCUGCCGAAUAUCGACCAGCUAGUUCAUUUCACUUUGCUAUGUCUGGAUCUAAUUUGGCUAUCGCCUGUUCGUCAGGUGUUAUAUUUCUCGUGCUUGCAGAGCAGUGUCCCAUAUCUGGCCUGUGA